AUGCGUCUAACCAACGUCAAACGGAAAUGUACGACGUCAAAGCCGUCGAUGGAACACCAAACACCGAAUAUCGAAUACGCAACGCAACGUAGCAACAACAAUCUACAGCGCGCACGAAACGUAACAAUAGACCAAAAAUACAAAAAAAUAAAAACAACAAUGCGAAAGGGGUUGCAUUAUGGCAAUACUAAUCNACCAUACGUGCCACCACCACAAGUAACUACGCCAACACCCAACGCGAACUGUGGUUUAGAUAAAAUAGUCGAAGUAGCCACAAUAGAAACCAGUAAAGCCGCACAGGCAGUCUUCGCAAAGCCUGAAAUAGGGGCGUUGGAAGCAAAAAAAAAUCCGGAAGAAAAACAAGAGUUGGAAGUGGAAGAGCGUUUAAAAGGCAUUUCAAGGGAGGAGCAUCGGGGAAAUAAAGAAAACAGUGACUCGGCAACAUCACUCAGCAGCAAGGAAGCAAUAGACUCAGAUGUCGAUCCUCCGGGCAAUAAUGUAAGCGUUAAAGAGGCUACUCGUAAAUUUAAUCGUCUCGUGUCGGAGGAGGAAGCAAAGGCGGCGGUGGUAUCGCCGUCCGCUAAAAAAAACUCGGAAGAAAACGAUGAG